AUGUCAAGUAAUUAAAACUUAGAUAAGCAAAUAGCCUAACUUUACUAAUGUAAAUAUCUUUCAGAAUCCGAAGUUAAAUUCCUUUGUGAAAAAGCAAAAGAAAUACUUUCAUAAGAAUCAAAUGUUUAACCAGUUCGUGCACCAGUUACAAUAUGUGGAGAUAUACAUGGAUAAUUAUAUGAUCUAUUGGAAAUAUUUAAAAUAGGAGGUAAAUGUCCAGAAACAAAUUAUUUAUUUACUGGAGAUUAUGUUGAUAGAGGCUACAGUUCAAUUGAAUGCGUUACUCUUUUAUUUUUAUUAAAAGUAAGAUAUUCAGAUAGAAUAUUUUUGACGAGAGGAAAUCAUGAAAGUCGUACAACUACAUAAGUAUAUGGCUUUUAUGACGAAUCUGUAAGAAAAUAUGGAAAUGCUAAUGUUUGGAAAUAUUUUACUGAAGUUUUUGAUUAUUUACCUUUAACAAGUUUGGUUGAAGGGAAAAUUUUUUGCUUACAUGGUGGAUUAUCACCUUCUUUAGAUACACUAGAUAGUAUUAGAUAAUUAGAUAGAGUCUAAGAAAUACCUUAAGAAGGACCUAUGUGCGAUUUAUUAUGGUCUGAUCCAGAUAAUAUAAGCGGAUGGAGAAGAUCUCCAAGAGGAGCAGGAUUUAUAUUCGGAUAAGAAAUAUCAGAAUAAUUCAAUCAUAAUAAUAAUUUGAUUAAAAUUGCUAGAGCACAUUAAUUAGCUAUGGAAGGAUAUAUUGAAACACAUGAUAAAAAUUUAGUAACUAUUUUUUCAGCUCCUAAUUAUUGCUAUAGAUGUGGUAAUUUAGGAGGUAUAAUGGAAGUAGAUGAAAAUAUGAAAAUUUAAUUACUAUAAUUUGAUCAUUCUCCGGAAUAAGAAAUAGAUGUUAUUGAAAAAAAAAGAGUUCCAGAUUAUUUUUUAUGAAUAAAACAGAAGAAAAAUAUUAUUUUUUAAUUUAUAUUAAUUGUAAUUGAUUUAUUUAAUUUCAUUGUUGCAUUUUUUUAUAUUUCUUAAAUAAAAAAAAUUUAA